AUGCAAUGCUACUGCUAUCUUACCCUGUAUCUCCUGGAUGUCGGAUACCACCAAGCAGCAUAUAACAUGGUCGGACUAGGUCUUCGCAUUGCGCAGUCUCUCAACUAUAUGGAUGCACGAACCGGCGGGUACAGGGAAUGUCAGCUGUUUCGGCGCAUCUGGUGGACCUUGAUUAAUCUUGAUUUCCGCUGCUCGAGACAUGUGGGUAAACCUGUUAGCAUUAAUAUCGACGAUUUGAUGUGCCUCAGACCUGGUAGAGAGCCGACCGAUGUUCAUUUCUCAAAUGGCUUAUUGUUUCACACCGAGUCCAUUCGUCUCACAGCCGCUGUACUGGCUAUGAAUGACUCCAUUGAUCGCUAUUCAGCGUCUCUUCCGAGUGGAGCAACUGAGCCAACACAUAUUGAAUCGCGAGCAAGUAAUCUAUCAUCUUUGCUACAUCACAUACGAAGAUGGUGCGACGAGCUACCUUGGGCGAAAGACUUCGCAAACAUGCAUUUCGAUGUUCCUGACCUACCAACUGAUCCCACGGAGGCACUUACGGUCGAAACCCAAGACUCAGAACAGCCUCCAAUUAUCAACUUACUGAGCACACUAUUAUUGCUGCAGUAUCACAAUGUGAUGGUCGGCCUCCACCGUGUGUUCAUACAAUUCCCCAGUAACCCACUCGUUCCAAAAUCUACCCCGAAGGCAGACGCCCAUGCCGCAACCGCACUUAAUCACGCUUUGACGAUGAUCAAAAUUGCGCAUCAUAUCAUGACAAGUCAAGAUAUUCUCCAUGGUCUCUCCGAGCUAUAUCAGUACCUAUGGAACGCAGUUAUAACGAUAAUUGGGUUCAUGCUCGCGUAUCCGUACUGUCACAGAUGUCCGCGAGCGAGAGAAUACCUCCAUCUUGCCCUUGAGAUUUUCGACUCGGCUGGGACCGAGAAUUUUACGGCAGCAAGAGCCGCUACGCUGACUCGGAACCUGUGCACCAAAGUUGAUACUCUAGUUCAAGUUUUGAACUUCACUCAACUCACUCCUAGCACAUCCUCAUCUUCCGAUCCAACCACCCAACCGCGAUUCCUCGAGAAUCAUCAACGUGACACGAUGGAUUCUACCGCUGAAAGUAACGGCAAUACAACGCCUGACUGGAACAUAGACUUAUUUGGGCCCUGGACUGAUGUGAUCAAUUUAGAUGCAUGGCCUAGUUACUGUAAUGAAGUCAGCGAGGCAUUUUUGGACCCAGCGGAAUUCUUUGCUCCACACAAUCUGUGA